AUGGAAUCUCAGGAUGACCAGCAUGCAUCUAGAGAGCUGAAGGAGAUUUCAAAUGAUUUAUUUGCUGCUUACGAUGCAAUAUACAAGAUUCAAACACUUGAUGAUGAUGAAAUCAACAAAAUUUUCGAAUUUAUCAAAGUACGAUGCUUUGGAAUACUGAGAAUUUCGCCAGUUGAGAUCAUGCAAAGGAUUUCUGAUGAGUUUGUCUAUCAAAAUCGUUACAUUAGAUCUUGUUGGUCAUUGUUCAUUAAAAUUUAUCAAGAAUAUCGUCCCAAAAGAGUUACGCAUAUUUCAGAUAUUUUUGAUUACUUUUUUUACAAGGAAUACGAGUUUACUUUAAGUGGACAACAUCCAAUAAAAUUUAUUGAAUAUGAAAAACAAAAUAUUUCAUUUGAUAUUCAUAUACCACAUACAAUUUAUCGUGCAAUUAUGGAUGAUGACAUACGAUCAUUUAUUUCUCGCACACAAGAAGAAGAAUUUAAUAUUGACCAUAAGCUUAAAAGCGAUUUUUACCCAGAGAAUGAAGGUGGGUAUUCAUAUCUUGAGUUAUGUUGUUAUCAUGGUGCAGUUAAUUGUUUCAAAUUUUUGAGAACAGAAUUCAAUUUAGAAAACAUCACCAGUUAUUGUCUUGCAUUUUCUUAUUUAGGUGGAAAUAUAGAGAUAAUUAAUGAAUGUUUAAAGAAUUUCAAACCGGAUAGUCGAAGUAUGGAAUAUGCAAUUAUUUCACGAAACCCAGACUUUAUUAUGAAUUUAGUAAAUGAAUACCACAUUGAAAUUCAUUUAGAAUCUUGUAUCGGACAUGAAAAUGUUCAAGCAUACUGCAUGUAUUAUAAUGAAACAAAAAAUCUCAAUGCAUGUUUUCCGUAUUCAACAUGUUUCCAUUAUUUACCUCUUUGUCAAUAUUUCUUAUCAAAACAUCCAAACAUCAAUCAACAUGCAAUUGGAUUCAAAGGAAAUACUGCUCUCCAUUUUGCAGCAUGGGGAGAUCUUAUUGAUAUUGUUCAACUUCUUCUUUCGCAUGGUGCAAAUAUCAAUGAAAAAAAUGAAAAUGG